GCAAAUUGAAUAAUGGCGGUGACACCGAACAAUGAAGGUGGAUUGUUAGUUGGUUAGAGAUACUUUAGAACUACUUUCUCUUCGGAUGUUUGUGUUGAGAAAAAGUCUUUAAAGGCCACUACGUUUUCAAAAGAACCAAAGGUGUCUGCAAGUCUUGAGAUGAAGGUCAUGGGUUGACAGAUGUUUUCCUGGUGUGUGGAUAUGGCGGAUUUCUGCCCUGGCAGAGGCAGGAGGAACGCCUCAUCCUUAAGACAGCCCUGGUUCUGUUUCCACCCACUCUUUCUUUCUUUCCUCAGAUGACCACUGUUUCUGUUUUUUCAAAUAUCCCCUGCCCUCUUAACCCCCACCUUGAGCCAGUGCGUGAGUACCACAGAGAUCAGAGGGCCGGUGAGAUUAGUUUGGAGUGUUUUAAAAACAUUUUUAAGGCUGGGUGUCAUAUUUUUAUUCUUGAGGUACAGUAUCAUGCAAGUGGAAAGAUCCUGUGCUUUGGAGUCCUACAGCCCUGUGGUUGAAUCCAGGCUGUGUCACUCAGCAGUUGUGAGCCCUAAGAUUUGCCUUUCUGCUGUUACGGUUAAAUCAUUAGGCUAAGCAUAGUGGGUUUUGCCUGUAAUCCCAGCACGUGGAAAGCUGUGGUGGAAGGAUCGCUGUGAGUUUGAAGCCAGCGUGGACUAUAUAUUGAAAUCAAGUCAAUGGCUUACUACCUCAACUCACAAACCCACGUGGAUCCAGGGCCCAUCUAUGUUCGAGAAAAUGGGCAGCUGCACAUGGUCAAUCUGGCUCUGGAUGGUGUUAAGAACAGCCUGCAGAAGCCACGGCCUUUCAGACUCUUUCCCAAAGGCUUUUCUGUGGAACUGUGCAUGAACAGGGAAGACACUGCACAGAAAGAGAAGACUGAUCACUUCAUCUUCACAUACACCCGGGAGGGGAAUCUACGCUACUCUGCCAAAUCCCUCUUCAGCCUGGUGUUGGGCUUCAUCUCCGACAAUGUUGAUCACAUUGAUUCCCUUAUUGGCUUUCCUGAGCAGAUUGCUGAAAAGCUAUUUUCUGCUGCUGAAGCCAGACAGAAAUUCACAGAGCCAGGUGCAGGGCUCAGGGCUUUACAGAAGUUCACUGAGGCCUAUGGGAGUCUGGUGCUUUGCUCGCUGUGCUUAAGAAACAGGUAUUUGGUGAUUGCAGAAAAACUUGAAGAGAUUAAGUCUUUCCGGGAGCUGACCCGCCUGGAUCUUUCAUGUUGCAAGCUUGGAGAUGAGCAUGAACUUCUGGAACAUCUCACCAAUGAGGCCCUGUCUAGUGUAACUCAACUCCACUUGAAGGAUAAUUGCUUAUCUGAUGCCGGCAUUCGGAAAAUGACAGCACCAGUAAGAGUGAUGAAAAGAGGCCUUGAGAAUCUAACGCUCUUAGACUUGUCUUGUAACCCUGAGAUCACAGAUGCUGGCAUUGGAUACCUAUUUUCUUUUAGAAAACUAAACUGCUUAGAUAUCUCUGGAACAGGGCUAAAGGAUAUCAAAGCCGUCAAGGACAAGCUCCAGACACACAUAGGCCUUGUUCACUCCAAAGUGCCUUUGAAGGAAUUUGAUCAUAGUAACUGCAAAACAGAGGGCUGGGCUGACCAGAUCGUUCUGCAGUGGGAGCGAGUGAGUGUGGAAGCUGUGCGACAGCGGGAAGAUGCAGAGCCUCGGAAGGCCGCCCAGUGCUUCUAUCAGAAACGAGCUCUCUCGGAAGCCUCAAGGAAAUGUCCCCUGGCAGACACCCACAUGAACUCUUCUGGAAAACUCCAGUUCUAUAGAGAGAAGGCUCCGGACUGCCAUGAGCCGCUGUUGAGCCAAGAAUCAAAGAAGAGCAAGAAGAGAGCUUUCGAGGAGUCGGAACAGGAGCAGAGCGCGCCGCCACAGUCUGCCAAGCAGAAGUGUGUGUGUCUGGCCGUGGAAGACUGGGACUUGCUGAACUCCUACUGACGGACACAGACAGUCAGCCUUCCCCUCACUCAGCACAUGAGGAGAGACCGCUGGUGUUCUUCUGGUUGGGAUUUACUUAUGGCAUUAGCAUAGCAAGCAGAUAUUUCUACUUUUGUGGUGGGGGAGGGGCCGCUAUGGACGUCUGUAAUAAUUUCUAAUGUAUAUUUUCAAUACAUAGUAAUUUUUUCAAAUAAACUCUUUUGCUGUCGUUGA